AGUAUAGAUAUCGCUGGAAAAUCUUUGUCGCUGUAGAAGUGCAUAUCUUUGGCUUUUGGACAAAAACAUUCUCAAAUUUUCUAGUAACGAAUAACGAAAAUUUUUUUGAUGUUUCAUCUUUUAUUCUAGCAGUUAUCUGUUAACAAGAUAGACUAUAUAAAUGGACAAGUCAGAUAAGUUCUUCGUGGACUCCUUCGUCUUAGGUUUAGCGUGUGGUUUCCGAAAAUGUCUAGACGUCUUGUCAGACUACAAAGCUGAAUGCAAUAAAGACUCAUCAACCGAAGUUCCAGGUGGACUUCGGAAUUUAUUAAAAAUGAGUGCAGAAAUUCUGAACCAUUUUGGAAAUAAAGUAGAAGACGAGGCAAACAUUCAGUCUUCUCUAUUUCGCUCAAUAUUUGAAGCAAUUGCAGCUUCAUCUGAGAAGAGCCUUACAGCAGCAGUUAUUGACCAACAGAUGUCUGCCGUCUUCGAGGAACUUGCGCAGGCGUUUACACAACUAAUACGUUAUUGCAGUGAAGUAAAGGUGCGGCACUUGGAAUCGUGUGAACGCUCCAAACCACGUGAGAAGACGAGCACAGUAACAGAUUUGUCGGAAGAAUUAUGCCAAGUUUUGCAAGAGAUGGAAGGAAUCCUGACGCAGAUUGUCGACGCUGUGAAAUCUAAUGAAAAUUCGAUGAACUCUUCGCCGCUCUCUCGUACAAGCGGCCAACCAUCAGAGAAGACCGACUUGACAACAGGUAAUAGUUGUUCAGUAACAGGAGAAGAAACUUUCAAAAAAAUGUUUGAAGAUGAUUCUGAAGACAGAACUGGCAGUGCUGUCGUUGUUCUUGCAGACAACAAUGAUGACAUAAUUGAAGGAAACGAUUCUGUUGAAGAACAGAACAAUCAGCAGGAAGUGGAGGACAAAGGCGAUGGUGAAAUAGGGAGAGAUUGUGAUGAUACUCGAAGCCAUGUGGACCAAGAAGAAGUUGAAAGCAAGACUGUUGUGCCAUUGUCAGAAGGAGGAAAUUUCGAGCAACACGCAUGUAUAGAAGGCACGGAAGAAGAAGAUACUGAAGAUGAAGUGACGGCAGCUAUGGAUCAUGACGCUUGUUCUCUGACAGAGGACGACGAGGUAACGCCAGAGGUAUCAGAGGAAAAGGAAUUGCUGGAGUUGUCAACUAUACGUAUGUUCAGAGAGCACAUGGACAGGGACUGUGUGAGCAUCGAAAUAUUUAAGUCACCACGCAGUCAGCCGACGAAGCAUCCCCGCUACACGUGCCGUCUGCUGGAGAUUGAAGCUGCAGGAAGCGGAAGAUCUAAGAGGACAGCGAAGAGAAACGCUUUGUGCAAGAUGAUCCACCUUCUUGUCAGGAUGAACAAAGAGGGCUGCUUACCAAAAGAAAUUACUCCCUUUACCAACGAGGAAUUGUGGGUGAUGGAGAACGUCUGCCUAGGCGGUGACGACUACCUGUCCCAGCUACGCCGUAUGUGUGACUUAGAGAAUGCGCCGCCACCGCUCUUCGAUGUGCAGAUAUCCAAGGACAGCCUCGGGGACAAAACAUUCACCGUGAAGUGCACUGCUCUCGGCAAGAGCGCCGUCGGUGAGUCGACACUCAUUGACGCCAUCUCAAAAGCAGUAGCAACAUUAAUACUAGAAUCCAUUCGAGGAAGCGUUCAGCGAAACGGCGUGCUGCACGGGAGAUAGUCAAGCAGUGCGAGCUGGAGGCGACAGUGCCGGAGGCGACUGUGGCGGGGGCGGUGGCGAGGACAGCAGAAGGAGUGGAGUGGAGCGCUUGAAGCUCCGCGUACUAAGCUGGGAUUAACUCUCUCAGAACACGAGAGACAAAUGUCCUCGAAGUCAGUCCUGGAAUGUGCGUAACAGAAACUGCACGCUAAAUGAUUUUGAUGUAAUAAAGACGAAAAUGUA